AUGGCAUUCGAUGACGACGACGAUGUUUCGACGCAGCGCCUGGCCGAGUCACCCGAGGAUGCGCAAGCCACCGUCGAAGAGGCCCUCGAGGACGAGGCGCAAGACUUCCGCCACUUCACAACGCUGCAGCGCAAGAAGAACAUCUCCGUGUCCGCCAUCCGCAAGGGCGAGAAGGACUUCGAGUCGCACGGCACCAAGUCGCAGGCCAGCGCCCUAGAGAAGAGCCGGCAGGCUAUGGAGGAGGUUCUGGGCUAUACGCGCGUGCACAACAGCAAGGACUGGACGCGCGGCUGGUACUUCCCCGACCGCUGGCUCGAGAACGAGGUGUUCGAGGGCAACGAGGUCAAGACCGAGAAGGUCGCCGCCGAGAGGAGGGAGCUGCACGCGGUGGAGAGGGUUGUCUGCGUUGGUUUUGAGCACAAGACCCUGGGGAGGAAGAUAAGAGGGCAGGGCAACAACAAGCCGGGCUGGGACCAGGUGUGGCUGCUGCCGGAGGAGGCGCUCUUCCUAAUCGAGAGGGGCGGCCUGGAUCUCUGGUGGCCCACAGCUACCAUGGACGAGAUAUUUCCACUCGGAAGCGAGGGCAAGGGCGCAGGUGCGGUGCUGGAGGCUGAGAAGGAGGACGAGUACGCCCUGGGAUUCCCGCUCAGCCUGCAAGCUGCAUACGCCCUGCUCGUAGGGAACGAAGGCGAAAGGGGCAAGACUACGCUUCGCAACCUGCAAGUCUACUCGAAUCUCAACCGCGCAGGCUUCAACGUCAUCAGAGUGCCUCCGCCGAUUUCAGAUCCAAACGCACCAGAGGCAGUUGCAGAGGAUCAACGACCUCUGUGGCAGCGUCUCACUGCCCUGCUCUUCCCCGAACGAGAACCCACCCGUCUCGCCUACGGUCCGCUCGUGCAGCCAGGCCUGUACAGGUCGUACAGCUCAAUUUACAAGCAGAUCGCCCUGGUACCGCGGUAUAAACCAACUGCGCACCCGCCGACGUCCCUUUCAAAAACACAACACAGCCCGUUCCGCGUGCAGUUUCACGUCUGGAAGCCUAGCGUCCAGAACUGGUCCAAGACCAAGGCACCGGCACCCGACUACUACCUCGCCGUCGUCGACGCGCACGAGACCUCUGUGCCGACCUCGGAGGAAGUCUCUGCCCUGCUGGACUCCGUUCCAUACGCCCCACCACCGCCAUCCCAACGGCAGGGCCAGGCCCCGUUCAUGAUGCACCGGAGGCUGAAGCACGGACACCGAAACGUGCUGGUCGCGGUGAACGACCACGGGGUCAUCAACUACAUGCGCUUCGGCGAGGGUGCCUUUGGCGAGGAGCUGCUGUACAAGCAGUACGACGUGCACACCACGCCGCGGGGCGGGAAGAGGGGCGGUGGCCGCGGAAGAGGUGGACGAGGUGGCAGAGGUGGUAGAGGGGGCCGGGGCGGAAGAGGUGGUUGA